UUGUUCCGACGCGAGUGCGUCAGUCCGCGGGCCCGGCCGUUUCCAGGGCGACGGUUUCCGUGGGGACCCGUUAAGCCGUCGCACUGAUUCCUUCCGCGGGCGCCCUCUGACCCCGGCUUUUGUUCCGCCGCUUGUUGGAGGCCGAGCCGAGCAUUCGAUGCCCUGGACAGGAGACGUUCAAACUCCACAAGCGUCGUUAACAUCCCAUCCCAUCCCAUCCCAUCCCCCGGCCCGGCCCGGCCCGGCCCGCACCGACGAUGCGGCCCAUCGCGCAAACAGCGCCGCGGGCUUCCUCGGCCGCCACGGGCAGCACAUUACUCCGGCCGCUGUGUGUCCCGUGUAGGCGUUGAAUCGCAAGGUAGGGAAACUAACUGAGAUGCAAUAGGACAGUUAUUGAAAAGCUGAUAACAUGGAUGAAAAAAGAGCAGUUUCAGUGGACUUCGUCAAGGAUUUCCAGGAAUAUCUCACUCAACAAACCCAUCAUGUGAACAUGAUAUCUGGCUCCGUGGCUGCAGAGAAGGAUUCGGAUUCCUUUCAGGCUGUGGGGUCUGAAAGUGAUCAGAAUGGAAUACGUCAUGCUUCAGUUGAAGUUUCACUGGAUGAUGGCUCAGGACUCGUCAAUGAUGGGGUGCAAAGGACAUAUGAUGGAAAAUUUAGGUGCCGUUACUGCAACUAUGCUAGCAAAGGGACUGCACGACUGACUGAACACAUCAGAAUGCACACAGGUGAGAAGCCCCACAGAUGUCACCUUUGCCCGUUUGCUUCAGCGUAUGAGCGUCACCUCGAAGCACACAUGCGCUCACACACAGGUGAAAAACCAUAUAAGUGUGACCUAUGCUCUUUCUGCUGCAGUGAUCGAAGUAAUUUGUCCCAUCACCGUAGACGUAGGCACAAACUUCUUCCCAUGAGAAAUGCGAGGACUUGUCUGACCAAUAACGAAAUGUUUGGAGAUUUACAGAGAAAAAUUGGCAACUCCCCGAAUUAUGGAACAAGACUUCUGAUUAAUCUAAGUCCUCCUUCCAUGGUGGUACAGAAGCCAGAUUACCUCGGUGACUUUUCUCAUAUAUCAGUUAACUCCUGUGAGAGUUUUCAAAAACUACACUCUGGUGGGAUCUCGAGGGGCUCUCAAGAUAUUAUGAUGGAUAAUCCAUUAAAUCAGCUUUCUACCUUAGCAGGCCAAUUAUCCAGCCUUCCACCUGAAAAUCAAGCUCCAACAUCUCCUGAGGAUGUAACCUGCAGAGAUGAAAAACCAUAUGUGAUCUCACAGUCUACAGCGCAAGUCGUUUCCACGGUAGUUUCCAGUGUGGUCCAAAGCUCAUCCCCUAUCAGUCCAGAUGCAUGUCCCGCUCACAAUCAGCAGACCUUCAGUCCUGUGGCAGGCCCCAGUAGUGAUCACAGUGUUCACACAAGUACUCCCAGCAUGACGAACAGCCAGCCUAGCACCCCUGCUCCUCCAAUUCAAGUUCAGGAUCCUCAGCUUCUUCAUCAUUGUCAACACUGUGACAUGUAUUUUGCAGACAAUAUCCUUUAUACUAUUCACAUGGGGUGCCAUGGCUAUAAGAAUCCAUUUCAGUGUAAUAUAUGUGGAUGCAAAUGUAAAAACAAAUAUGAUUUUGCUUGUCAUUUUGCUCGGGGUCAACACAAACAAAAUUAAUACUUUAAAUGCUGGUAUUCAAUUUAAGAACAUAUUAACGAAUGUUGGUUCAUAUUGAAAAUAUUAAAUGUAUAA